AAAAAGAAGCGCUUAGCGCGCCGUUUUUUGGCUUGUCAACCGAAACCACGCAACAAUUUUCACUUUACUAAUCUUGAUAAAUGUUAACAUAUUACUAAUGUUUUGCAAAGAAGAUUACCGCUAUCGAUGCGCCGUAAGAAGUUAAGUGACAUAGUUUAACAGUGUUAUUUUAGAACUCAUUAAGAUACUUUUUCCCAUCGUUCUGACCCGCAAACCCUUAACAUGCCUCUAUUGAAAAGAAAAGCCUUUGAGAAAUCGAAUGUGUCGGAAUAUCUAAGGGACGACGAUGAGGUGUUCCACUGCGAGAUCACCGACGAAAUAUUCAAGGAUUAUGAAGAAUACUGCGAAAGGAUCAUUCUGGUCAAUUCAAUGGUGUGGUCAUGUGAGAUGACGGGAAAGAAUAACCUCACGUAUGCAGAGGCUUUGGAAAGUGAAAAAGCUGCCCGAAGAUCACUAAAGGAUUUCCCAAUGGAACUCCGAAUACCAAUAUUAUAUUUGGCUGCAAGAACCAAAAGGAGUUCAUUUGCAGACAUGUCAGAGGAUGUAUUUAAUUUUGUGAGAGUGAGGUUCUUUGUGGGUGAAACGGUUGAGGCCUGCCUAGAGGGUGAUAUCUGGCGAGAGGCUCAUAUACUGUCAGUCACAGCCCCCAAACAACAUCCGGACAGCCAGGCAAUGCUCCCAGCAUCCUCUUACUGUUAUGAGGUGGAGCAGUUCAGUGAGGAUCCGGAGACUGCGGGGCAGAUCGGCACCGCGCCCUACGACAGAGUUAGGCGACGUAAGGGCGUCUACACACGGGACAAAAACAGACUGUUCUUGAAACAGUUUGUGACACCCGGAGCCGUCAUUGGCAUUAAGAAAUCAGCAAUAGAAAAAUACAACAUAGGAAAAGUGAACUUUGACCAGAUAUUCACAGGGAAUCCCCCAGAAUUCCCGUCAUCCAAGAAGCUGUCAAAGAACAGUAUGUCCCCACCAUCCACUUCAAGGCUACCACACACUCCUGGCUCAGGGUCGAGAUCAGCCAAAAAACUCAGUCCUGAUAAGAAGGGACGGCAGGAGUCUAUGGAUAAAUUUGUUAAGAAAACUGAUGGUAAAUCAAAAACCCCCAUUGACCCUGAAGCCAGAAAAGUAGCCCAAGAAAUGGCUGACAAAAUGAGGAAAGCGGAGGACUUAUUGAGGCAACAUAAAGAAGAAGAGAAAGCGAGGAAGAAAGAGAAAAAUGCCAGACUCAUGGCAUUUAUGAAGGAAUGGCAUAAGGUUAAAGAAGACCAGGAGCUAGAAGAUCACAAGAUUAUACCAAAGGGCACUCCAGUAGAGAUAGAAGGAAUACCACAUAAAAAUUUUGGUGACUUCCUCUCAGUGUUAGAAUUUGUUCACAAUUUCUCAGAACUACUCAAACUCAAAGACGUGUUUCACACCGAGUUUGACCUUGAAACAUUUCGGAAAUCAUUGACCUCUAAAGAACACGCGUGGAUAUUCAGCGAGUUGGUACAGAUGCUACUAUCAGCAAUAUUCUCUUUGCAAGAAGAUGAGGCAGAAGAAUAUAAUGAGGGCAAAGGAAUUCAGGAAUCUGUAGAGGAGCCUCCGGCCAUCUCGACAGGUAUCGCGCGCGCCAUAGAGCAAGCGACGCGAGCCGGGAAGUGGGCGCACACCUACCUCGGGACACCACUCAGCAAGCUGCCCCUGGACCCCACCACUGUGUCUGAAGUGCUGAGGUUGCACCUGCUGUCGUCGGGCGGCGUGGCUGGUUCCCGCUGCCUGGCGUGGCGGCUGCACCAGCGCGGUGGGUACUCCAGCGCCGAUGACCCAGCACUGCGCCUGCGCACGUCACGUCCACAUACUUUGAGAGCCUUACGGACGCAGCACGUCGCCGAUCUACCCCUCGAUGACAGACUCGCGAUCCUUCAGUGCCUCAUGAAUCAAAUCCUGAGUUACUCGACGGUGCGCGAGCAGGUCGAGGAGAAGAUAGAGGAAUAUAAGAACUUAAAACAAGCCUUGCGAAUAUUACAAAUAAACGAGCGCAAACGCGAACCGCAACUGUCGACCGCGCGGUCGGAGCUGAAGAGAGAGGCGGCUCAGAAGAAGGAGGAACUCAAGUUGACGGGGGAUCGCGCGCGGGCUGCGGACGAACAGCUGAAGGCGGCCAUAGACAAGCUGAACAAGGAGAGCGACGCCAAAAGACUGGAGUUCGAGAAGAAGUUGAAGGAGCUGCAGGCUCAGCUCUUUGACUAUACCACUUACCUCGGGUCGGAUCGCGCGUUCCGUCGUUAUUGGAUCAGUAGGCGGGUGGCGGGACUGUUCGUGGAAGCGGGGCCGGAGCCCCGGGGUCCUUGCCGCAACAAGCCUCUGCCCCCGCCGCCCGCACCCCGCGACGACAUCUUGUCUUACGUCACUGAAUUGUUCCACUCAGAGAGGGAGAGGGAGAGACAGAAAGAACAAGCUGGCAGCGACAAAGAGAACGAGUCCGGCGCCAACUCCCGCGGUGCCUCGCCAAAGAAACCUCUAACAAACCUCAACGGUUUGACCCAAGACAAGAAACCCAUGGAGAGCACGGUGCAGCACUGCCGGGACAUGCUGCUGUGCACUGCUGAUGUCAACACGUGCUAUGUACACGGGAAGGGUGAUUACCGACCGCAAUGGUGGGUGUACCACACCCGCGACCAGCUGCAGGCACUCAUCGCGUCACUCAACAAGCGAGGCUUGAGAGAGAGUGAACUGAAGCAGGCCUUGGAGGUGGAGAAGGAACACAUAGCUGACUACAUCACCAAGUGCCCUCUGAACCUCCUGACACCCGGCCCGGCUCCGCCGACGCCGAACGUGCCGUCGACGCGCCAGCGCCGCUUCCAGCCGUCUCUCACGGUACUACCGGACUGUUCGCUGGCGGAUGCUCUGGAACUGACACUCAGAGACCACAUCCUGGAACUCGAGGAGAAGAUCUUCCACGGAUGUCUGGGAGCAUUGAAAGUUAAGGAGCGGUCGGCAUGGCGCGGGACUCUCAUGGUGCGCGGCUACGACAAGCAGGCGCGGUCAUUGACCUGGGGCCCGGACGGCCGGUUCAGGGACGACUGCCAUUUACCAGACGGAUUGCUGAAAUUACCGCCAGAUUUAGAUGAGACAGAGUUGGAGGGCAUCGUUGAGAACAGAUACCGCGACCCGGGGCACUGUCUGGAGCCGCCCAGGGUGAACGGCAUCAAGAUAGAGAACGGAGGGGGAGAGGCGGCCGGGGCCGAGGACGCCGGGGUCGUCCGCUCACUGGCCAGCGCUCUGCUGCAGGUGGCGCAGGCCAUACACCACAAGUACCUGAAGAGGCCGCUCGGCCUCGACGAGAAGGAGCGCAAGGAUCGCGAAGCCAAGAACAAAUCUCUGGAGCUGGAGGCGCUGCAGCGGUGGGAGGUGUCGCUGAUGGAGUGCCGCAGCUUCGCCAGCGUGGCGCUGCAUCUGCUGACGCUGGACAGCAGCGUGUGCUGGUCGGCCAGCGUGCUGCACGCCAGCUGCCGCCUGUGCCGCCGCCGCACCGACCCCGACAACAUGCUGCUCUGCGACAGCUGCAACAAAGGACACCAUCUCUACUGCCUCAAGCCAAAGCUCACGUUGCGUUUGGUGCGGAAGAAGGUGCCGGAGGGGGACUGGUUCUGUGAUCAAUGCAAACCGACAGAGAAGACGCCCAAGAAGCGAAGAAAACUAUACACCGACCCCGACGACACGCUCGACGACAGCUCGGAGUCGUGUUCGAGCGCGCCGGUGGAGCUGUGCGCGUUGUGCGGCAGCGGCGGGCGGCUGGCGGCCUCGUGUCGCUCGUGCGGGAGACGCUUCCACGCCGAGUGCGCGCCUUCCGGGGGGCGGAGGGCCGUGUGCGGGGACUGCGCUAAACCAAACAGAGAGGGCGGGCGGCGCCGGGCCGCGGUCUGCCGUCGCCGAGGCCUCUCCUCCGAUUCCGAGGACAGCGAAUAUAACACGGCGCUGGUCAAACUGAAGACACGGCAGCAGAGAACCGAGGAACCCGCCAGGAGAGGCAGGAAAUCUAAAGAAGUCGUCAACGGAAGUACAAACAGAAGAUCGAAGUCAUUCAUGAAUGGCGUCAAUGGUGAUGUAGUGUCGAGUCGUAAGCGCGGCCGCCAGGAGGAAGAGUUACUGCACGUGGAGUCGCUCACACAGCUGUUGAAGGAGUGCGGCAAACAUCGGGAUUGCUGGCCCUUUGAUGAGCCGGUCUCGACGGAUGAUGUGCCGGACUAUCUCAGCGUGAUCGAGCAGCCGAUGGACUUCUACACAAUCCGCGGCAAGCUGGAGAAAGGUUCCUACACCACCGACCAACAGAUGCUGGACGACGUCGCGCUCAUCUUCAAAAACUGCUACACCUACAACCAAGACACACACCCAGUGGCCAAAGCGGGAGCGCGACUCGAAAAGUAUAUCAUAAAGCGCUGUUCAGAACUCAAUCUACCCGCGUUGCCCGCCACCUCGCUCGAAGACAACGAGGCUGAAGCGACGCAAGAGAAUAACGAGCGAGAAGAGGUCGCGGAAGCUGCCGGGGAAGAGCUCGACUCGGACGACGAGGUUCUCGCUCCUCGAGCCAAGCGACCCAAGAUACAUUGAGGAUAUACAUGCUCUUGACUACCGCUGUCGGCUACACUACUUCUCCGAAAUUCAUUUUGAGCGUUCACACCGUACAAUUACAUGAAAUUCUGAUUAAAAUGGAAAUUAUAUAAUAUUUUUGACUUGUGCUGUAUACGAUGUUUCAGAUAUAUCACAAAAUUAUAUUUAAAACGCUGCUAAAGAUAGGUGUAAGGAUCAGUGACUACAUUCAUGAUGGCUGGACGGUGAACAUGAUUACAUUCCACUUAUACCAUCUUUAAACACCUAUUCUUAAAAAAAAAUAGAGAAUUGAAUUGUACACUCGGGGUGAUCAUGAAUGUAGUUAAUUGAUCGUGCUUAACAUACUCUGUGAGUUCGUGCUUUAAUCUAGUACCAUAGAUAAAAUAGUUGUAGUGAUGUGAUCUAUGUAACUAUACCAUAGAGAAUGUAUAAUCUCCAUAAAGAUAGAUUUAGGCUAAGGUAGUCUUUGGAUAUCGGUGGCUAUGGCCAUGUUUAUUGGAACAAAAUGAGAUGUAAAAUUUAAACAAAAUUUAUUUUAGGCUUGAUAGGUAUCAUUACUGAUUUACAAGUAAAUUGUGAGGUUUAAUUUAUUUUAUGCGAGGUAAGUGCAUUUUGGUUUGUUGCUUGCUGCACACUAGGCAUAGAAUAUGGCUGGUUGAGGAUUAAGUAAUCAAAGAAGCUAUCGAUUAGGUAUCUUAUGUAUCAUGUGAUGGCUUCAACUGCACUUCAUUUGUUUUGUCACUUGUUGUAAUUAUCCUCUUUAAGAUAUAUUCACAGAUAUUUCACCAAAAAACUUAAUGAGUGAUUAAUUACAGAUUGCAUUUACAAAGACGAGUGUUGUGUUCGGAAACUUGUAUGUCCGUUUACUUCUGAAUUCUCUCUUCAUAAUAUUUUAAACAAGUAUUUCACUACGUUAAGCAAUUUACAGCGAUUCAUUUGAACAUAUAUAUUUUUUAAUAUCAUGAAUCAGUAUAUUCAGCAUUUAUAAAAAAAAAAAUUAUAUUACAGUAGAAAAAUAUUUAAAUAAAAAAAAAAAAUAAACAGAAUGUAAAUAUAAAAAAAAAAAUUCAAAAAUCAGCAUUCGACAUCUGCUGUAUCGCUUGUAAGGAUGUUUCAAGAUUAUAAUGAAUAGUUGUCUAUGACGCUCGCCUUUAUAGACGGUACAGAACUCAGUGCCUAAAGAGAGAACUGAUGUACAGAGAAGUAGUUUUAAAGUUAUAGAUGUAAACUGUCUUUUCAAAUAUUUUCGACGAUUAUAUAUAAAUGUCAUUAUAUACUGUGAUGUAUAUUCAACAAUUUAUCUUAUUCCCAACGCAUAGUUUCCGAUGACUCAACUAACCGCAUGUUACAAAAGUUGUAUUCUAAACGAAAAAUUCAAAUUAGGUGAAGCAUUCAAGUUAUUUAAUUCUUUUUUUUUUGUGAGUUCUGUGUGAGUUGAAGGCGCUGUCUUGUAAUACUAUAAUUAUAAUUGUAACAUUAUUUUGUUUUAAUUUAAUUUGUUAAAAUUUCGGUUCUAUUAAAUAAUUUUGUUAUAUGAAGGAUAUAAAUUAUGUGGUAUGUUGAUUAAAGUAAUUCUUGUUUUUUUUUUUUAUGUUGCCAGAGAUUUUUAUCAGGCAUUUUUUUUAUCAGUGGUAGUUUUUUUAUGGUUAAAUUAUCUGUAAUUCUUAGUCUGUAACCCAGCGAGUUAAUUAUGAGAUCAAAUAGCAUUCCUAUAGGAACAUAGUGCUGUUAUGACUAGUUGCGUGUCAGGUAUUGUAUUGAUCGUUUUUAUCUGCAAUUAUUUAUUGAUGUAAUUUAAGUUUUUUAAUAAUUUGUAUAGUAGUUAAUAAAGCACCUGAAACAGUGUUA